AUGAUAAAUUCACAACAUUCAUCAUAUCUUAUAGAAUCCAACAUGUCGAUCCAUCAUGUUUCAAAUGCAUCAUUAUUUUUGCCAAAAGCUUUUCCACCAUUCCAACAUAAUAAUCCAAAUUCCGUUACAAAUUUUCCGCUUGUAGCAAUUGUUAUAAUAGGAAUGAUGGCCACAUCUCUCUUGUUUUUGGCCUACUAUACUCUUGUUAUCAAAUGUUGUCUCGAUUGGAAUAGUUUUGAUCUUGUGAGAGUGAGAAGUUUUUCGUUUUCAAGACAAAAUGAUCAAAAUCAAUCUUCAUCAUAUUCGAUGACAUCGGAGGCGAGAGGAUUAGAACAAGGUGUGAUUAAUUCGAUUCCGAUUAUUCGCUACAAAGAAGAAAAGGAAUAUGGUGAUGAUGGAAGAGUUUCUUGUGAAUGUGCUUUUUGUUUGAAUGAGUUUGAACAUGAUGAGAAACUUAGAGCUAUACCUAAUUGUAACCAUUUAUUUCAUAUUGAUUGUGUUGAUGUUUGGCUUCAAAACAAUGCAAAUUGUCCACUUUGUAGAAGAAGAGUUUCUUUGACAAGAGAAAUCCAUGUUGAAAAUGUUGAAAACAUCAUUGGUGAUUGUGAAGAUUUUGUUGUGAUUGAUUUGGAUCAUGAUAAUGAACAUGAUGAUGAGGAGGGACAAAACUUGCAUGAAAGAAGACAUGAAAGAGGUAAAGAAUUGGUGGUGCCUUCAAGAGAUUCUAUUAGUUCUAAUUCACGCAAGAAAGCAAAUAAGCUUCAAAAAGUGAGUAGUUUGAAGGAUGGGGGUAUAGUUGGUAUUAAAGGCAAAGAUGAUGGUUUUUUAGUCCAACCAAUUAGAAGGUCUUUUUCAUUGGACUUAUCCAUUGAAGUUUGUGGUGAUAGUAGUGAUAGAGCUAAGAGAUCAUUAUUUUCCUUUGGACAUGGAAGUAGAUCAAGAGGUGUUGUCUUACCAAUUCAUUUGGACCCUUGA